AAGAGAGAAUCAAUUCAGAACUUUUUCAAACCCGUUGGUUCAAGCUCUCGGCCAUCAGAACAUGAUACUACUGUAGACAACGACAACGUUCAACCUAGCGAACAGAAUCACCCAAAUUGUACUGAUGGUGAUGCCCAAAUUGAUCAUGAUGUUUCCGUGCCAGAAGCUACGGAAGAAGAUACAAUUAUAACCACAAGUUAUGACCGAGAGCCCGGGCGACGUCUUCAAAUUUGGCAACUUCCUCCCGAUGAGCAUGAUGCUGCUAGGCGCUUUUAUAUAUCUAAAGGGGCUUAUCAACCAAUCUUAAAGCCAGAUGAGUAUGAAUUUACUGGGACAGGGGCUGGCCGUAGGCGAUUCCAAAGUGAUUGGUUCACGAAUCAUUGGUGGUUGGAGUAUUCACCUCUAAAAAAUUGUGCCUAUUGUUUGCCUUGUUUUCUCUUCUCAAAGAAGCCAAUUGGGAAGUGUGGUUCAGAUACAUUCACAGUGAGCGGAUUUGAUAAGUGGAAGAAAGUUAACAAUGGAAAAGAAUGUGCUUUCCUCAAGCAUAUGGGCACUACUCCCAGCUCGGCUCACAAUUUUGCAGUUCGGUGUUAUGAAAACUUGAGAAACAGACUUAAUCAUGUUGAUGAGGUGAUGAAAAAGCAAACUAAGAAGCGGGUUCUUGAUGCAAGACUAAGGCUAAAGACUUCCAUUGAUGCCAUGAGGUGGCUAAUGUUUCAAGCAUGUCCCUUCAGAGGAAAUGAUGAGUCUGAGGAUUCCAAGAACCAAGGUAAUUUCAAGGAAAUGAUUAAGCUUUUGGCGUCUUAUAACAAGGAUGUACAUGAAGUUGUACAGAAUGCUCCAAGAAAUGCAAAGUACACCUCAGCAACUAUUCAAAAGGAAAUUGCUAGCAUAUUUGCUGGAAAAGUGAAAACCUCAAUUAAAGAAGAACUUGGUAAUAGCAAAUUCUCUAUCUUGGUUGAUGAAUGUAGAGACGAGUCUAAAAAAGAGCAGAUGGCAGUAGUUCUUCGAUUUGCAAACAUAGAAGGGGUGAUAAGAGAACAUUUUCUUGAUCUUGUUCAUGUUAGAGACACUAGUGCUUUGACUCUCAAGAACACAAUUAUUGCCGUCCUAGUUGAUAAUGGGUUGAAUGUGCAAGAUAUUAGAGGCCAGGGAUAUGACGGGGCAAGCAACAUGAGGGGGGAGUGGAAUGGGCUGAAAGCUCUAAUUCUCAAAGAGUGCCCUUAUGCAUACUAUAUCCAUUGUCUUGCACAUCAACUCCAAUUGGCUCUUGUUGCUGCUUCAAGGGAGGUACAUGAGGUCCAUAAUUUUUUUCAGCAUGCAAAUUUCAUUGUAAAUACAGUUAGUGCAUCUCCCAAACGGAAUGAUGAACUGUUAGAAAAUCAGGCUGCUGAAAUUGCUAGUGAGAUUGAAUUGGGAGAGCUUGACACAGGAAGAGGGGCCAAUCAAAUAGGUUCUUUACAAAGGGCCGGAGACACGAGAUGGAGUUCCCACUACAAAUCUAUCAAAAGUUUGUUAAAGAUGUUUGUCGCAACUGUUACAGUGCUAAGAAGUGUAGCAGCUGAUCGUUCAGCUACAAGGAACUCAAGAGGUGAUGCCGGAGGUGCCUUGAAAAUCCUACUGACAUUUGAUUUUGUGUUCAUUCUACACUUAAUGGAAAGAAUCAUGAAAAUCACAGAUGUCUUGUGUCUCAAACUUCAACAUAAAUCUUUGGACAUUGCAAAUGCAUUAGAUUGUGUUUCUAACACAAAGGUGUUGCUUGGUGAACUAAGAGAAGAUGGAUGGGACAACCUUUUUGAAGAUGUGAAAUCCUUUUGUGUGAAACAUGAGAUUGACAUCCCGGACAUGGAUCAAAAGUACGUAUAUUUUCCUAUCUCUUUAUGAUUAUAUAAAUUACAAUGUAGAGAUUUAGCCACUUACAUACUUCUCAUCAAUGUGUAGAUCAUGCAACUAAUUCUUAUUUUUCAAUAUAUAUUAAUUUUAGGUAUGUUGAUGUGACGAAAUCUCGAAAUAAACAUGACAACACCACAGUUAUCCAUCAUUACAAAGUAGAUGUGUUUAAUGUUGCAAUAGAUCAACAAGUGAUAGAGUUGAAUGAUCGAUUUAGUUCUCAUGUUACUGAGCUUCUAGAUCUUUGUUCAUCAUUGGACCCGAGGCAUGAUGCCUUCAGCAAGUCAAAGAUAUGCAGACUAGUGGAGAAAUUCUAUCCUGCAGAUUUUUCUAGUCAAGAAAGAGAUCGGUUGGAGUGCGAGCUACCACAUUUCCAGCUUGAUACAUUCAACCAUCCAGAGAUCAAGAACUGCAAAUCACUUGCUGAUCUAACAAAAGGGAUAGUUAAGACUGGCAAGUCUUCUGACUAUCCAAUGGUUGAGAGGCUGUUACGAUUGGUGAUAACUCUUCCGGUUUCAACUGCAACAGCAGAGCGAGCCUUUUCUGCAAUGAAACUAGUCAAGACGCGGCUUCGAAGCAAAAUGGGAGAUGAUUUUCUUUGUCAUUGCACGCUAGUUUACAUUGAGAAGGAACUUGCAGCCAAGUUUAGCUCUGAAGAAAUAAUUGAUAUCUUCGAUACUGGUGCUCGUAAA